GUGCGCAGCUGUAGCGCCUGGGGGACCACGGAGAUGGAGACCCGACUGCCGCGUGCCAGGACCUGCUGAGCUGCCGCUGCCCAAUCCAGCUUACAUUUACUUUGACAAAGGCAAAUUUGGAAGCAAUUACUUGAGGACAGUCUGGAUAAUAGCUGGGUAAUCAAAACAGGCACAAUGAAGCACUUUCUGAGAAUGUUGAUCCAGGUAUGCCUGUAUUUCUACUGUAAAUUUUUGUGGCGCUGCCUGAAAUUUGUAAUGAGAAAGCUGACUGGAAGAUGUGAACUGCAACGGAUUUGUUACAACACCAAGCCUGGAGCUUCUAGAACCAUGAAAAUCGAAACAUCACUGAGGGAUUCAAAAAGUAAGCUAUUGCAGACUUCAGUGAGUGUUCACCCUGAUGCUAUUGAAAAAACUAUAGAAGACAUCAUGGAACUGAAAAAAAUUAACCCUGACAUAAAUCCACAGCUGGGAAUCUCUCUUCAGGCUUGCCUUCUGCAAAUCGUUGGGUACAGAAACCUUAUUGCAGAUGUGGAAAAGUUGCGUAGAGAACCCUAUGAUUCUGAAAAUCCCCAACAUGAAGAAAUGCUUCUUCAGUUAUGGAAAUUCUUGAAGCCCAAUACUCCACUGGAAUCUCGGAUUUCUAAGCAAUGGUGUGAAAUUGGGUUCCAAGGUGAUGAUCCUAAAACAGAUUUUCGAGGAAUGGGACUUUUGGGACUGUACAAUUUGCAGUACUUUGCAGAAAGAGAUGCUGCAGGAGCCCAGCAGGUCCUGUCUGAUUCCCUUCAUCCAAAAUGCAGCAAAUUCAGCAAAGCAGAAUGGGAGAAGAAAAGGAUGGAUAAAGCAAUUGGGUACUCAUUUGCAAUUGUGGGCAUCAAUAUAACCGAUCUGGCAUAUAAUCUACUGGUGAGCGGAGCUCUGAAAACUCACUUCUACAACAUCGCCCCAGAAGCCCCAACAUUGUCUCAUUUCCAGCAGACGUUCUGCUAUUUGAUGCACGAGUUUCAUAAGUUUUGGAUUGAAGAGGACCCCAUGGACAUAAUGGAAUUUAAUCGUGUGCGAGAGAAAUUCCGCAAGAGGAUCAUAAAACAGUUGCAGAACCCAGACAUGGCAUUGUGCCCACACUUUGCUGCCUCGGAAGGUUUAAUCAACAUGUAGUCACCCACACUGGUUUUAAUGGAUACCCCAGAACACUGCCUCAUUAUUGUGUUAGAUCUCUGCUUAGGCCCCAGCUCACACACUGAAUGCACACAGUGAUUGUAUGCAUGCCUGUUGGUACAGUAUUUUCAUAUCUUGGUCAUUAAUUACCAGAUCCCUAGAUACCACAAUUUCUGGAGUAUCUGUCAUCCAGUGACUGCUCAUAUUGUGGCAUUAUGCAGUGUUACAUCUUGCCUUGACACCCAGGUAUGGAGAGAGUUUUCUAUUUUUUUAGAUUGUUUUCCUCUCCCUCAUAAUGCAGCAUUGAAGAAUUGUAUUUCUCUAGCUGUAUUUUGUAUGUAAAAGAUUUAGCUGAAUCUCAUUCUGUGAAAGCCUUUUAAUUUAUUGAUAUGUUUCAUGACCACAAGCGCUAGCUUUUCAAGCCAGGUUCAUGCUUGGCCCUCAUUCCAAUAAAGUAUAAGACUUUAAAAUAAUACAGACAGACACAUGAUAAGCCAAAGUCAUUCCUGCAAACAGCUGUGCUUCAUGAAAAUGUAACAAGGCUUACAAGAAGCAAAUUUAGGUAGGUGCUGUUUUUGUUUAAGUACCACAGAAUUAUAUUGUAACUUACCCCCAGUUGCAAUGUGUCAUAGGCAUCUGAACAUUAAAUUAUUUUAUUCUCAUAAUUUUACUGGCUUGGAUGCCUAGAUAUGUUUAUGAUGCUUGGAGCCUCAGGAAAUAAGUAUGCAUACUGCAAAAGCUGCAAAAGCUCUUUCACUGCCUGCUGCUUGCUGAACUCAGAGUUGUACCCUGGCACUGUUCUGAUCUGAGCAUCUCUGCUUGGGGACUGAGUGCUGGCAGGUUUGUUGUCUAGGUCAAGAGGUCAUAUUAAAAAAAAUAAUUUUCAAGAAAAUGUGUUGCAAGAGAGGGACCUGAGCUACUUCAUUCUGUAAUAUAUCUUGGAAAAAAAAAUGACCUUGUCUUGUAUCAGUGGAAGAAGUAAAUUGCUUGGAAAGGGAACAAAAUCAAAUCAUUUCUGAACUGCUAAAAAUCAUUUUAAAAACCAUGAUUUAGUUUGGAAUUCUGAUUGUAGUCUGUUGAAUAGUAUUUACCAUGGCAUUUCAUACCCAUGGUAUUUUAUACCUUCUGACUAUCGAUUUUAGUAUUAUUAGAUGUUUGUGUAAUCACUUGCUUAUUUAAAUGAAUUUUGAGUACUGCCUAACUGUCGGUUAUGAAUAAAUUACAUGUCAUUCUACUGUAACGUAUAGUGGAUUUAAUUUUAAUAUUUUUGUGCUUGUAUAGCUUCUGAAUAUGCAAAUAUGUGAGUGGGUAGAAUAUCAAAGACAGACACCCUGAAGCUAAAUAUAAAUCACGCCAUCAUUCAAAGUAACCAUGUGAAUUGUGUGUCAUGUCUGAGAGACUGCUUUUAUUUAACUCAUCUUAAGACCUGGUGGUGCUUUAAUGAAAGCAUUAAAGAUCCAGCUUUAAUGAAA